AUGGCAGGCCAAGACGGUUCGCGGGAGCCGCCGGAUCGAUCGCGCACCCCUUGCAAUGUAACCCCAAAGAGAGACGGCAGCGGAAAUGACCACGGGUACAACUCGUUCCCGGGAUACAAUACAGCCUCGCCGCGAGCGUCAGACAGAAGACCGCCGACGAAACCGGCCGGCGCCCGCGUCCUGGCACCGGACCUGCUGCGCGGGCUGCUCAUGAUGGUUAUGGCCCUGGACCACGCGGCCCUCGCGCUACACACGUGGGAGCAUGGGACGGGUCGAGUCGCCGAGGCAGACGGGCAAGCGGUGCUGCGGUGGAACACGACGGCGGCGUACGCGGUGCGCACCCUGACGCACCUGUGCGGCGCGGGAUUCACGUUCCUCCUCGGCAUGGGCGUCGUGUACCUGGGCAGGUCGCGCGCGAGGCUGGGCUGGUCGGCGGCGCGGCUGGCGCGCUACUUUGCGGUGCGGUGCGCGGUUCUGACCGCCGUUACGGCCGUCUUUGGGCUCGUCAUGACGGGCGGCCGGGUGUGGUUUCUGAACGGGGUGCUGUUCUCGCUGGCCGUGGACUACUUGCUCGCUGGGCUGCUGUGGCUGGCCAUGGACAGGACCGAGGGUUGGCUGACGCUGGCGAUGGCACGAGUGGGAAAAGGCUGGACAGACGACGGCGAGUUGGCGGCGGAUGAUGACGGCGUCACACGGCCCUUGCUCCGGGCGCGCGACGAUACACGGGCGACUGCGGAGAGGUGCGCCCAUCUAUCGUGGAGUAUUCACAACGUCUUGUUGGCGGUGUUGAGCCUGGUCACCAUCUUCUGGAACAUCUGGCUCAGCGACGACGGUGGCGUCUGCGCCCCCAGCAGAGAGGACGUUUCGACACGCUCCAGUCCGUCGAGCCCAUUGCUCCGCGUCUGGUUCUGGGUCAUGAUGGACGUGCAGUCGCGCGUGGUGUCGGGCUUUCCGCCGCUGGCGUGGCUCUCGUUUGCGCUGCUCGGCAUGCUCUACGCGCGCGUCACGACGGCACGCCCGUGGACUCGCCGGGCCCUUGUCCUCGGGCACGUCCUUGGGGCCGUGUGCUUCUCCAUCCUCUUGGUGCUCACGCGCGUCCUCCAUCUGGGCAACCUGUCCGAGCGGUGCCUGCAGACGCCAGACCAGCAGCGCCGUCCCGGCCAGAACCAGUACCUGGCCUCGGCCGCGUCCUUCUUGUACGUGGUCAAGUAUCCGCCCGACGUGGGCUUUUUCGCGCUCACCAUGGCGGGGAACCUGCUUCUUCUCGCGAUGUUCACUGCUGUUCCGCCGCAGGUGGCGAGGCGCUUCGGCAUGCUGCUGGAUUUCGGAACGAGCGCGCUGUUCUUUUACAUUGUGCACAUGGUGGUUUUGUUCGGGGCGGGGACGCUGGUCGUGGCGGCAUGGGGGCGCGAGACGGGCGUCGCCGACCCGAUGGAUCCCGAGAAGACGAGGGGGGUAGAUAAUUUGUUUGGGUAUUUUGGGUUUUAUGCCGUCACGAUGCUGGUGUUGUGGCCGGUGUGCAGGGCGUAUAGUCGGUUCAAGAGCACCAAAGGGCCGGAUUCCAUCUGGCGCUUCUUUUAG